CAUCCUAAUAGAUCUUGAAGCGAUCAUUGUGCGGUCUACCGCUUUUGCGUUACAGAUACAAAUCCGUCCAUUCCUGGUUGACAUUACAAAGGGUCAUCUAUAGAAUUUUAGGAUAGGAUUGCAUCUUUUGUGCCAAAAAAACAAUUCAUCUUCCUUCACCCGAAUUUUCCGUUGUAUCGUGCAAUAACUAACAUCCAGAUGGAUAUGUUGGAGUGUUUGAGUUCUAUUGGGGGCGCGAUCGAAUGGUUUGUCUUCGCGAAAGAACUUAGUCGUUGUCUCGGUUGAAAUAUGCAACCUGAACUUGACUUUUACCCGAUACACUGCUAUUCCACCCGCCCUCUUUCUCCCCCAAACUUCCCACCAAAAUUCUCACGGGCCGUUCUCCGCGAACCCGCGUUGCUUUGCUUUUAUUCCAUCCCGACUACUGUCAGGAAACCAGGCGCCCCCACCAUCCCUUUCAUUUCCUUCCCUUACAAGCAAUCCUCUCCGUCCAUUCCAUCUCAUCAACCCCCACCACCCCCUUAUUUUCCAUCCUUGCUCCUCCCCUUGCUCGCCCCUUCUUCCGGAGCCCGCUUGGCCCUCAACCCAUGACUCCUCCUCCUCUUCCUCCUCCGCCGUCUGUCGCCGCCAUUGCCACGCCCGCCUUGACCCUCGACCAUAUCCUCCAUCACCUCCUCCCCGUCCUCCUCGUCGCCGCCCUCUCCGUCAAGUCCUUCGUCGGCCGGUGGCGGCUCCUCCAUUCCAAGCUAUCCCUCCUCCAAUCCUCCCUCGCCGACGCCGCCCGUUCCCCCCACUGGCCGGGGAAUCCCCUCUUCGUCGACCUCCUCCCUCCCCUCCUCUCCACCCUACGCUCCCUCCACUCCCUCUCCACCCGCUGCCUCGACCCCUCCCUCCCCGCCGGCAAGCUCCUCCUCCAGAGCGACCUCGACAUCGCUGCCUCCACCCUCUCCCUCUACCUCCACGAUCUCGACCUCCUCCUCCGUUCCGGCCUCCUCCACCACCUUCCUAGCGCCGGCGCCAUCGUCCUCCCCCUCCCCGGCCCCUCCGCCACCCGCGCCGACCUCGCCCUCUUCGCCCGCGACCUCUUCGCCCGCCUUCAGAUCGGCUCCAUCGACCUCAAGAGCAAGGCCCUCGACUCCCUCCUCCAGCUCCUUGCCUUCGACCCUCCAAAGAUCGCCCCGCUAGUCGCCGCCGAGGGCGACCUUCCCUACCUUGUCCGCCUUCUCGACCCCUCCGCCCACUCCCUCAUCCGCGACCAGGCCGCAGCCGCCGUCUCCCUCCUCGCCACCGCCUGCGACGCCUCCCGCCGUGCCGUCUUCGAGGAUGGCGCCCUCGGCCCCCUCCUCCGCGUCCUCGACUCUGGCUCCCUCUCCGUCCGCGAGCGCGCCGCUGCCGCGAUCGAGGCCAUCACCGCCGAUCCCGCCAACGCCUGGGCCGUCUCCGCCUACGGCGGCGUCCCGAUCCUGAUCGCCGCAUGCCGGUCGGGAUCCAGAUCCCCCGCUGUCCAGGCCCUUGCCGCUGGUUCCCUUAAGAACAUCUCAUCCAUCGAUGACCUCCGGACCGCCAUGGCCGAGGAGGGCGCCGUCCCGGUCCUGAUUGACCUCCUUCUGUCAGGCACCCUCGACGCCCAGAAGAACGCCGCCCUCUGCCUCUGGUCUCUUGCCUCCGCCGGCGGCGAGGAGAUCCGGGAUUCCAUUGUCCGGGAAGGGGGCCUGCAGCGGCUCCUCCAGCUGCUCCGCGAGGUAUCGGAUUCGGAAGCGGCGGAGCACGCCCUGAGAGCGAUCCACGCCCUCUCCGCCUCCCCCGCUGCCGCCAGAGCCCUCUCCUCCUCGCGGGGAUUCUUCGCCCACCUCACCGAUCUGAUCCCCCGCGGCAGCACAGCCACCCAGCAGACAGCAGCGGCGGUGGUCUGCAACCUCUCCCCCAGCGACGACAUCAAGCGCUCCAUGGCCGGAUGCAUGGCAGCGCUCGUGAAGAUGCUGGAGUCCCCGAAGCCGACGAGCGCCCAAGAGGUGGCCGCCCGGGCGCUGGUGUCGUUGUUGACCGUCCGGUCCAACCGGAAGGAGCUAUCGAGGGACGAGAAAAGCGUGACAAGGCUGGUCCAGAUGCUGGACCCGCGUAACGACGAGGUCGGCAAGAAGUUCCCUGUGUCGGUGGUGCUCACGCUCGCCGCCGGCGUCGGCGGCGGCUGCCGGCGGAGGAUCUCGGAGGCGGGCGCCUGUCAGCACCUCCAGAAGCUCGCCGACGCCGAGGUUCCCGGGGCGAAGAAGGCACUGCAGAAGAUCGCCGGCAGCCGGCUAAAGAGCCUCUUCUCCACGGCAUGGAGGGAGUCGACCGUGCUACGUCCACAGUAACUAACCCAACCCACCGUUAAGUUGUGGGGAUCGAAUGCAGGCACUCACGCCGGCCGGGAAGGCUAACUGUUGGAGAGGUGAAGACAAAUGAUUAAAUUAAUAGAGAACAAAAGCAUAUGAGGAUGAUAGGAGUUACAAGAAAACAAAAGAAAGAGGAGUUUUCAUUGCAAAUAGAUUAUAAUUUGGUAUUGUUAAUCUCAGCGACAAAAGAGAAGCCUGGAUGCGGAGUUUUAGGAAGUAUCCUUGUGCUCUUUAUUUUGUUUUUUUAUUUUUUUUUGUUAUGUUUGUUUGAUUCGGUCUGUCAUAAACCAGUGCUUGUUUUGGUUUUUAGUUUCAACUGUGUCGAUUUUGUGUAAAUGACUUUGGCUAAGAUCCACACGCACAUGUUGCAUGUUGAGGGAAAGGUGGGAGCCAUGUGGGUUUUGUCCACCACUUUUCCAUGUUUGGCCGGUGUUCCAGAUUUUGGCUGAAGACUUAGUUUGUAUUUAUUUGGUUGUUUUUGUAACAAGCUAUCUUUUUCUUGACUUGCUUUUUAUGUAUGCGUGUGCUCGACUCAAA